AUGAAGCUCCUGCACUCCAAGUCGACCGCGGAGCCGAUCCUCGCCGCCACGGCGUGUCCGUGCGCGAACCUCUUUGGCCUCGUCACGCAGAGCUCCGUCGCGGUCUAUCGCUCCACUACGCUCACCACAGUCUUCAACUUCUCCCUGAAGCCCUUCCAGUCCGUGCUAAAGGGCAAUGGUGCUGAUGGGAGGAGACGCAACGGCAACUCCGUCUGCUGCUGCUGGUCGCCAUCGGGGCGCCUGUUCACCCUUGCACUGCCAUCGGGCCUGCUGCUCGUGCUGGAUGUCGAGGGCGGCGCCUUGGUGCGCUUCCUCACUCCUGGUGACACGGCCCCUGGAAGCGGCAACGGCGCUGUCGGCUCCAGUUCGGCCCCCGCCUUGGCAAGUGUGCCGCGAGUCCCCACAACGCUCCCGCCUGGCCGCCCUGUGCUCGCCAUGGGCUGGUGUGCGGUGCACUCACUCUCCUCCAGACACGUUAACGCCAUGCAUGUGGACAUGCAGACACGGUGCCUGCCGGUCCGCACCGGCGUGACGGCUGCGUUGCUGGACGAGGUUGCUCAAGGAUCCCCCCUUUCUCUCCUCGGCGCGGGAGACGCUGCCCAUCUGCUCUCCUCAAGUGCAGUGAUGAGCGGCGGAUACCCUGCCGAUGCGAGAAGCGGCAGCAGAUCCGUAUCGCUGCUCAUGGUUCUUGGCUGCGACGGUGUUCUUCGUUGCCUGAUCGGCGGUCUCUACGAGGUGCAACGUCUAGCGCUGUCGCUGCCGCUGGGUUUCCCUUCCUCGCCUGACAGCGGGUUCAGCGGCCGCGUGGCCGCCUGGGAGGACGUCGUCGUCGAAGACAUGCAAGUGCGUCAGUGCACUAUGCCUAGUGGGGCUUUGGGUGGCAGACAGACACGCGCACAGGGAAGAAAUGGGCCACUGGACUGGGUGUGUUUUGGCGAGUCGGCCGCGGACGGCGUCCGUCCAGCCGUGGCGCAGCAGCACCGCCUGUACCUGAUCGCUAAGGGUGCGUCAUCGACUGGCGCCGCAGCACAGUCGCUAUGGGAGGUGGACUUACACGACAACCUCUCCGCCCUGGCCGCCCCACAUUGGCUCGCGUUGUGCUACGUGCGCGAGUACACCCGAAUCACGCGCGAGAUGUACGAGAAGGUCGCUCACGAGUGGCAUACAGUGCUGCGGGGGCGUCUCUGGGCACACCUUGGCCUCCCUGCUGUCGCCCCGCUUCUCUCCUCCGCCGUCCUGGCGCAACUCACGGAGCCGGACCCCUUGGCACUCUAUAAGUACGCGAAGCAGCAGCUCAUGCGCACCGCCGUGACGGAGGAUCUCGAGGUGAUGGCUGCGGCACUGCAGCGCGCGGUUUACGAAAUCACGCAUGUGUGCUACCGGUGUUGCGAGGUCGCCAUGGCGUACGCCGCGCACCUCCGCGAGCCAGACACGGUGACGCAGCACCUCGGCGCGCUGCGGCGGCUUUGCGAGUCUUUUCUGCGACGCGUCACGAGGGAGGCGGAGGGUGCGCGGGACGUGGCGCUGUGGGUGCUGCAGCAGUCGCGCCACUGGGAACGCGGCUCCCGCUUCGCCAUGGGUGCGGCAGAUGAGCGGGCACUGACGGAGGCGGAAGAGGAUGAGCAGGAGAGACCGUCCGCGGUGUCGUCGCCGUCCGCUGCAGCGACGGCAGCGGCUGACAUGGCCCGCCCACCGUCGUCGCGACAGUCACCGUCCGUGGUGGACGAAGUCCCGCUUAGCGCGACACGCCAGCCGGCUUUAUUGAGCUACCUUUCGUCCAUUGCUACGCAAGAGGCCAAUGCGGAUGGCGAUCCAGUGAUUCACCUCUGCGCGCAGCUCGCCGCCCACGCGCAGGACUGCACGCCGUUGCCGGCGUCGUUCAUGGCUUCUCUUCCCGUCCGCGUUGUGUUGUCGGGUGCACAAGAUACUGGCGCCGCCUCCGCGUCAGCAGCGUCGCAGCUCCUGUGCUGUGUAGUGGAAGGGGUCGAGGAGGGAGAGCAAGGAAGCUGCCUUGACGAGGAUGGCAAGGAGAUGAGCGCUACUGCUGCCUCCAGCAACGGCUGCUGCCCGCUGUACGAGGCGGGUCUGGAAGACGUCGCAUUCGGUGAACGCAAUCGUGACGUGGCACGCGACGAGUGCGGCUGCGCGCUCAUCACGGAAGGGGCCCACGUACACGUGCUGCGCUCCGCUGCCGCCGCGACCAAUACGAUCCAGGCUCUACAGAUCGGCACAUACAAGCUGGUGGUGCGCCGCGACGGUGAUGCUGGAGAAGACGCCGCCGCCUCACCCGCAGCUUCUGGUUCUGUGCUAGAGGCAUCCCUUACGACAGACGUGGACGUGAGUCUCAUCACAUCUCGCCUCAAGGCGGAGCUAGCAGGCAAGCACGGCUGUGCGGCACCGUGUGUCUAUGGUGCCACAUGGUACGGCUACCUUGAAGAGGAUCGACACGUUGUGGUCUGUCAGCCAAGCACCGUCACUGCCGCCCGCUCUGCCGAAUCUGAUGCCUGGUGCAGGUCGGCUGCGCCGGCGACCUUCUUUGUCGCUACCGUCGACGGCAGUGGCCGGCUGUUGAUGGUUGAUGAGGAAGAGCACGACGGCGACAACGAAGAUGGCGGCGAUGCGGCGGACUCUUCAGCGGCCGCAGCGUCGUCGGCGCGGGCGGCGCUGUGUGAGGUAGCCGGGAUGGAGGGCGUGCCGCUGCGCGUGAGCAUGAGCCGUGCCCGCAGCUUCUGCGUCGUCGUCGGUGUCACCAAGUACGUUGUCCUCUCCCUCUACGAUGACGACUACUGA